AUGGUAGGCUGCUUUGGACGCAAGAAAAAACCAAUUUACCGAAAAAUUGUGAUUCUGGGUGAUGGUGCUGCUGGUAAAACUAGUCUGCUAAACGUGUUUACGAAGGGGUACUUCCCUCAAGUAUAUGAACCUACCAUUUUUGAGAAUUAUAUUCAUGAUAUAUUUGUGGAUGGAAAUAGCAUAGAAUUAUCCUUAUGGGAUACAGCCGGUCAAGAGGAGUACGAUCAACUGCGUUCACUUUCAUACUCUGACACACAUGUCAUUAUGAUUUGUUUUGCUGUGGACUCGCCAGACUCCUUGGAAAAUGUCGUCGCCAAAUGGUUACCAGAAGUCUCCAGCAAUUGCCCGUCAGUCAAGCUUGUUUUAGUUGCUUUAAAAUGCGAUUUGCGUGGCGCAGAAGAUGAUCAAGCAAACUCUAGACUUAUAGGUUAUGAAGAAGGCCUUGCGGCCGCGAAAAAGAUUAACGCUGUACGAUAUCUUGAAUGCAGUGCGAAACUAAACAGAGGUGUCAACGAGGCAUUCACAGAAGCAGCUCGAGUAGCUCUGGCUGCUCAACCACGUAGUGCAAAAGACAAUGGUGAUAGUUCUCACAAAACCGGUUGUAUCAUUUGCUAA